AUGUCCGCCGAGACGGAGCUGCUUCUCUCCUAUCGUACUCCCAUUACCUUUGAGUUCUACGAGGAAGUACAGAAGCGCCUGUCAACUUGGGGUUUCAAGUGUGCGUGCGAUAUUUGCAAGACCAGAAGCAAGGAGAACAAAGCUACCCUGGAAAAGCGACGCAAGAUCUAUAAUGAGGCUUUAGAGCUUCUGAAGACUCAAGUGCUUCAAUUCAACUUUGCCAAAGCCAGAACACUCCUGAAACAACUGGAGAAUACCUACAAGGGAAAGUCUGCCAACAAAGUUCGACUAGAGCUUGCAGAAAUUUGCUUUGCGAUGGGCGAUCACUACACGAAGUCGGUAAUGCCCGCUGAUUUUGUCAAGAUGAGCGUGAAGUCGCUCGAGUCACUUGGCUUCAUCAUUGUCGCGUAUAUUCCUGGCCAAAAGCCUGACGACUAUCGAUUCGAAGUGAAGAAAUGGGGCAUAUCGACCAACUAUGUCGUUCACUUGUUCCUUAAUCUGGCACAUAUGUACGGUAUAGUAUCUCGACAGCUCUCCAUAAAGGUUUUCAACUACGCCAUAAUCUCGUACAGAAUGCUUGUUGGCGAAGUGGUCUCGAUGCCACGGCUGCUCCCGGACGCCGCUGAGCACUUCAAUUCUAUUGUUCACACUGCAAUGAGUAUCCGGAGUUGA